AAAAAAUAGAAAAAGAAUAAUUCGUGAUGCAGUCGUUGGAAGAUUCGUUUAAUUUAACAAACGAUUAUGAUUGGAAUAAAUCGUUAUUGUGGUUCGACAAUUAUACGUUCAACCUGUCGUGUGGAGAAUGUGUAAACAAUACAAAUUUUACGGAUCUCGAGUUGAGAAAUCAAUUUGUAUUACCAUGGUGGAGACAAAUUAUUUGGAGUUUAUUAUUCGCCGGUAUGAUCAUCGUAGCUACCGGUGGAAAUUUAAUAGUGAUAUGGAUAGUAUUAGCGCACAAAAAAAUGCGCACUGUGACCAAUUACUUUUUGGUCAAUUUAAGUAUAGCAGAUGCUAUGGUGUCUACAUUGAACGUUACAUUUAAUUACAUUUACAUGCUCAACAGUCAUUGGCCAUUUGGUACACUUUAUUGUAAGAUAUGCCAAUUCAUAGCGGUACUCACAAUUUGUGCUAGUGUCUUCACUUUGAUGGCUAUAGCAAUCGAUCGGUACAUGGCCAUAGUAAACCCAUUGAGACAAAGAAUGGGUCGUAGAGCAACUCUCUGUGUUGCUGUAGUCAUUUGGAUCGUCGGUGCAAUUCUUUCCUUUCCAAUGCUACUCUUUAACACAACUUACACACAAAAUUUCGCUAAUGGUGAAAUACGAAUAAUAUGUUAUAGUGAUUGGCCUAACAGAGAUGACGAUGGUCUUAGCUUUCAAGAAUAUCUAUACAACGUAAUCUUUAUGAUACUAACAUAUUUUCUACCAAUCGGCUCGAUGACCUUUACUUAUGCAAGAGUUGGUGCAGAAUUAUGGGGUUCGCAAAGCAUUGGUGAAGCUACUGCAAGACAAUUGGAAAAUAUUCGAAGUAAACGAAGGGUCGUGAAGAUGAUGAUCGUAGUGGUGGUAAUAUUUGCAGUCUGUUGGUUACCACUACACGUAUAUUUCAUUGUAACAUCGUACCUGCCAGAAAUCACUAAGGAAUCCUACAUCCAAGAAUUAUUUCUUGGUAUUUACUGGUUAGCCAUGUCUAAUAGCAUGUAUAAUCCUAUCAUUUAUUGUUGGAUGAAUUCCAGAUUCCGUCGUGGUUUCAUACAAUUUUUUUCAUGGUGUCCAUGGGUGCGGGUCACCCCAGAACCAUCUUUAUCCCGUUCAGAAGCAGUUACAUCGCGAUACAGUUGCACCGGAAGUCCCGAAGCUAAUUCAAGGAUACCACGGAACGGCACGGUUAGAAUACCGCUGCAUCUACAAUCGAGAGGAGAAGGAAAUGAACGAUUUUUGGAACAUCAAAUUCGUGGAAGAAGAUGGAGAAAUACUCAAGAAAGGGGACACGUUUCCUGACAAGACGAGGAGAUGAUUACUAAUACUUCAAAUCCUUUGCAACAACAGCAGCAGCAACAAAAACAACAACAACAACAACAACGAGUGCAUACUUGGAUAUGAAGGGAUUUAUAUUCAAAAAAUAAUAUAUUAUGGCACGCAUAACUUUCUAAUCCGGUUCUACGUUAUGGCUGAAAACCAAACGUAAAUUUGUGAACAAAUCUUAAUCUUAUCUUCUUCUUAUCAUCCAUUAUUGGAAUGCUAUCUUCUUCCUAUCCAUGAUAUUAUUAUUUUUAUUUUAAGACUACUUAUGGUCAAAACAACGAGUUUAUUCUAUGUCACAAUUAACACAUUUCCAAUUGCAAUCCUUUAUUUUAAUUAAUUAAUGUUGUUAUGCCAUCGUCUCGUCAAUCCAAUGCUUGUCGAUCAUGCUUGAGAAUAAAAAAGAAUUUAAACAAAUAAAAAUAUAUAAGAUAAAUGGACCAAUACAUUUACUAUACUUUCCGUAAAAUGAAAGAAAUAAAAAAUCUUUUUCUAAGAUGAAAAUUAAAAAAGAAAAAAGAAAAAAAAUGCAUA